CUCCUGCCGUACCUAUUCAGUUCUAGCACCCCUUUCAUUCACCAACAUCGUCGUCCAUUUCGUGCAGUCGCAAAUCGCCCGUCGUUGUCGCCUCGCAUCGCCUCUUCCGUUUCCCGAGCAUCCAGCGCGCAGCCUCCUCUUCGUCCGAGAUCUUCCGGCGUUUUAUUCUUUUGGCGGUAUUUCACGCCGCUGCGCUGCUCUGCCGAUCCCCAGUUUUUCGGCAGCAUCCCGUCCGACCCUGCUAUAUCGAGCGCCCCUCCAUCUCUGUCUUAAAAAAACACAGACUAGAAUAAAAAAAGAGAACAAGUGGGGGACAAAGGUCGCACACGCCCACCAUGUCGACAAUACAACAACUUAAAAACUUCAUCCGCCAUGGCAAGCAAGCCCGCGUGGCCGACGAACCGCCGCGAGCGAAGAAUGACAGCUCACCGUCAAAACAACAACCGGCUCCGAAGAGCACCGCGCCGUCACGAGCCACGGACCCCGAGAUCGGCACGUCCACUGCUGCGAAAUUCCAGACCACGACCCAAUAUGAACCCGCGCAACCCCAGGCCAUCGACAUCAAGACGAAGUCGCAGAAACGCGUCCCCGACGAGAAUAUCGCAAAGCUCGUAGCUGAGGAGAAUGCAAGCAAGAGCAAGUUCCCGCACUACCCGGGUCUCGAGCGCUGGGAGCUCCUCGAGAAGAUGGGUGAUGGAGCGUUCAGCAACGUCUACCGCGCUCGGGAUCGCGAGGGGGACAAUGGCGAGGUUGCUAUCAAGGUUGUCCGCAAAUUCGAGAUGAACAGCAUGCAGAGGGCAAACAUCCUGAAGGAGGUGCAAAUCAUGCGCCAGACCGAACACCCCAACAUCAUCAGGCUUAUCGAUUUCGCCGAGUCUCGCCAGUACUACUACAUCAUCCUCGAGCUUGCGCCAGGCGGUGAAUUGUUCCACCAAAUUGUGCGCCUGACGUACUUUAGUGAGGAUCUGUCACGGCACGUCAUCACACAAGUGGCGAACGCCCUGGAGUACCUGCAUGAGGAGAGGGGGAUCGUGCAUCGUGAUAUCAAGCCCGAAAAUAUUCUGUUCAGCCCCAUCCCAUUCACCCCGGCAAAGAACCCCAAGCCUAAGCAGCCUGGGGACGAAGACAAGGUUGACGAGGGUGAAUUCAUAAGGGGUGUUGGCGGGGGCGGCAUCGGGCAGAUCAAGAUCGCCGACUUUGGCCUUUCUAAGAUCGUCUGGGAUAACCAGACCAUGACACCGUGCGGCACUGUCGGGUACACAGCACCCGAGAUCGUCAAGGAUGAACGGUACUCCAAGUCAGUCGACAUGUGGGCCAUGGGCUGCGUGUUGUAUACCUUGCUAUGCGGCUUCCCGCCAUUUUACGAUGAGAGCAUCGAGGUGCUUACCGAAAAGGUCGCCAAGGGGCAGUACACGUUCCUCUCGCCAUGGUGGGACGACAUCAGCAAGUCAGCGCAGGACCUAAUCUCGCACCUGCUCUGCGUCGACCCGGAAAAGCGCUACACCAUCAGAGAGUUCCUCGCCCACCCUUGGAUCCGCGAGUCCGGCCCCACGCCGCGCGACGAGAGGAAGAGCGCCUUUUCGACCGGCGACCAACCCGCGCGCGCCUUCGACAUGACCAAGCUCGUCGACGGCGACAAGCGCUACGACUUCCGCUCCCCCGCCGCCAUCAACCUGCGCGAGGUCUUCGACGUCGGCUACGCCGUCCACCGCCAAGAGGAGGAGGGCAAGCGCCGCAAACAAGUCGGCGCCAAGGCCGGCGGCCUGUCGCGCCUCGGCGGGCUCAACGAGGACGACGAAGACGAGGAGGAGGACGAGGACGGGGACCAAGAAAUGGCCGAGGAGGACGCCGGCGCCAAGGCCGCGGGCUCGACCGCCGCCACCACCCAGCAGCUCGAGCAGAGCAUGCGGGACACGCAGAUCCGCGACCAGGACCAGCAGCGCGAGCGCGGCCGCGACCGCGAGCGCAAGGCCCACCCCCCGCCCGCUGCGGCUGCCGCUGCUACCGAGCAGCGUGGCUACGGCCAGCACUCGGCCACCGUCGCCGCCGCCGCCCGCCAACAGGUGCGCGAGCGCAACCGCCAGAAGGGCGCCUUUGAGCUGAACCUCGACGGCGCCACCCUGCUUGGUCGUCGUGGUGUUAAGCCCGCUGCUCAGAUGGCGUAGGAUGCCGGUGCUGAGAAGUUGGGGUGAGGUCGCCGCGGUGUUGGGUUGUGGGUUUGCGGGACGGUUGUUGGGGAUGGUUGUUAGGGGGUAGGGUAAGGGGG